UUGAGUUCUCUUCACCACCAAUCAGGAACCUGGCCUGAAAGCUCAUUCUUGAUUGGCUCAAGCAAGCUAUACCAGUAGAAUGCGAAGGAAUAAUUACAGGAGCAUAGCAACAACUGAGUUUGCUCUCUCACACCCCCAGCCUGAGCCAACCUGGACUCCUUCAUCCCAAAUGAAGUGGCCUCUACAUGUUAUAUGAAGGCUGUGCUUCACCAUUCAACUGUGAUCCAUCUAAUGACACAGCCAUCCAAUACAGACAGGAAGACAAAACUGAACAACGCAACUAAAAUAAAGUAUAUUCCCAGAAUACACAUUGUGGAAACAGGAUGAAUUUGACCAGUGAAAAGUUGCCCAAGAAUCCCUUUUAUACCUCUAUAUCUCAGUAUGCUGCUAAGCACCACAAAUUCUUCCAGUGGAGAAAGGAAAACACUGAUCAUUACAGCCAUGCUGCUUUGGUAGAUAAGGCACUGCAGCUCUUGAAAGAAAGAAUAAGAAGAGGGGAUGCUCUGGCUUAUUUCCUUCGAGGUCAACUGUACUUUGAAGAGGGAUGGUAUGAAGAAGCAUUAGAACAAUUUGAAGAUAUCAAGGAGAAAGAUCAUCAAGCAACUUACCAGCUAGGAGUAAUGUAUUAUGAUGGGCUGGGGACCACUGUAGAUGCUGAAAAAGGAGUGGAUUAUAUGAAGAGAAUUCUUGAUUCUCCAUGUCCAAAAGCAAGACAUUUAAAAUUUGCUGCUGCUUUUAAUCUUGGAAGAGCUUAUUAUGAAGGAAAAGGUGUUAAACGGUCAGAUGAGGAAGCUGAAAGAUUGUGGCUUUUUGCUGCAGACAAUGGAAAUCCAAAAGCCAGUGUGAAGGCUCAAAGUAUCUUAGGACUAUAUUAUUCAACGAAAGAACCCAAAGAGUUAGAAAAGGCAUUUUAUUGGCAUUCAGAAGCAUGUGGCAAUGGGAAUCUGGAGUCCCAGGGUGCACUGGGCCUCAUGUACUUUUACGGACAAGGCAUCCGCCAGGAUACUGAAGCUGCCCUGCAGUGCCUAAGGGAAGCUGCAGAUCGCGGGAAUAUCUAUGCUCAAGGGAAUCUGGUCGAGUAUUACUACAAGAUGAAGUUCUUUACGAAGUGUGUGACAUUUUCCAAAAGGAUUGCUGACUAUGAUGAGGCUCAUGACAUUCCCAUGAUAGCCCAGGUCACGGACUGUCUUCCGGAGUUCGUUAACAGGGGCAUAGCCAUGGCGUCUUUCUACUAUGCACGGUGUCUUCAGCUUGGCUUGGGCAUCACAAAAGAUGAAGCAACAGCUAAACACUAUUAUUCUAAAGCUUGUCAUUUGGAUCCUGUACUGGCAAGUGAACUUCACUGCUUAGUUAUUCAUCAAAGAAUUUAGACCACAUUGCAUUCCAACAAAGAUCUUCAAUCCUAACACCAUACAAUGACCAGAAUGGGGAAGGUAUUUUAUCACUGCAUUAACAGAUGAUGAGGCCCGGAAAUUAUCAUCCAGCUACUUGUUUGUAACCCCACUAUCAAUAACAGCCAGACAAGUUCUGAACCCUAGACCUCUUCUAGUGACCCUCGUAGGCUUAUGUAAGACUUGAUGCUCCCUGAUGUCUCUACGCUCUCUCAAAUACUUUUCCUACUCUUUCUGUUUCCUUGUGUCAUUCUUUCAAGGAUUUAGCUCAUAUCCAAUACCUAAUUUUAAGCACUAACGUGGCUCUUUUCAUGCACCUGAAGUCAUAUAUUUCAGAUGUAUGUUUUGUGUCUGGUGAAAGGCAGCAAACUUUUUACUUCCUUGGAAAUACAGUACUUAAGUGGACUGUUUUUUUGCCAAA